CGCUACUUUCUUUAUACAUAGCAUAGUAUUCGACCUCUCGCUCAUCCACUUCUGUUUCCCUUCUUAUCCUCCCAAGACAUUGUAGAUUGGCACUGGCACUGGCACUGGCACUGCAACCCCCUCGAGUGAGAUCCGUUGGAGAGUUUCCCCUCCGUCACAAAACGUGAAUAGUAAACUUUCUUCGAGACGCCCAAAUCAAACCGCAGAAAGUCACCAUGGCAUCGAAUCAACCAGCCGGCGCUGCCGGACCCCUGCCCGCCAUGCAAGAGCUCUCGCCGACUACGUUCCUCUACGACCCGCCGUCGGCGAUGCUGGACCCGAACUCGCCCAGGCUCAUCGUCAUCUUCAGCUGGAUGUCGGCCCAGGACGUCCACAUCGCAAAGUACACGUCGCGCUACAUGGCCCUCUACCCGUCCGCCAGCAUCCUCCUCGUCAAGUGCCCCUUCAUCCACACCCUCUCCACCCGCAUCUCCAAGCGCCAGAUUAAGCCCGCCGUCCCCGUCGUCCGGUCCCUGGCCGACGCCACCCCGGCGGCCUUCUCCGGGGGUGGCCAGCCCCAACUGCUGCUCCACGUCUUCUCCAACGGCGGGGCCACCAACUAUGCAAAGUUUCUCGAGCUGUACGCCGACGCCGACCGAGCGGGGCGCCUGGCGCUGCCGCCCCACGUCACCCUCUAUGACUCCUGCCCGGGAGGCUUCCACUGGAUGCGGAGCUACCGCGCGCUCUCGGCCUCGAUGCCGAGAGUCCUCGCGCCGCUGGCCCACGUCUUCAUCGGCUGGUUCUGGCUGUUCCACGUCCCGCUCGGGAGGAUCGGCUUCUUCGGGAAGAUGUGGGCGGCGUUGCGCCAGAAGGCGUUGCUGGGGAGCGAGAAGCGGCGGGCGUAUCUGUACAGCAAGGAGGAUGAGAUGAUCCACUGGGCCGACGUCGAGAGGCACGCCGACGAGGCCAAGGAGAACGGGUUCGAUGUCCGGAAGGAGCGGUUCGACGGGAGCCAGCACGUUGCGCAUGCGAAGCUGAACCCGUCGCGGUACUGGGGUUUGGUCAAGGAGAUGUGGGAUGCGGACUUGAAGACGAUUGAGCCGGCGCCAAAGGGCGCCGAGGAUCCCGCCCCGGAACCGCCCAAGACUGCGCCAGAGUCUGAAUUACCACAAGUCGCUUCCGCAUCGCCAAAUGCCACGCUGGGAUCUGACACGCCAAAGGUCGAACUCACAUCGCCAAAGGCCAUGACGGAGCCUGAUGUAUCGAAGGCGGCACCGGCACCGGCACUUGCACCGCCAGUGCCUGCUCCGGAACCCGUCAAAGCCGCACCGGAGCCUGAAGCACCAACAGCUGCACCACCACCGCCAGAAGUCAAGAAGCCGAAGAGGUCGCCGACACCGCCUCCGACCAUCCAGUAAGCGGGGUCCAGAAACAUUUUGGUAAUUGUUUUCAUCAAUUUGGUAGAAUGUCACCUUCGUUUGAUCUGUAGGAUAGACUUGGGAUACGUGGCGCACACUAUGCAGCUAGAGGCGAUAUAGGUUUUGUUUCUGUAUUUGUCCCGUCAGGGAACCGUCGGAGCUUUGUUCUUCUUUUCCUUUCAUGGUUGCGUUGUAGACACGAAGAAUGUUGAGAAUGUGCAAAGGAAACCAACACCGCCAGUUUUCUGCCUGUGCUCUUCGCCGUUGUUCUCUUAUAAAGCAAAUCUGCCCUGCACGAUGACACGCUUGAUGCAGCGCUCGUGGAAUAUGAGCAGAUUCGAACAUGCCUCUCCAUUGGCUGCUGUGCCACAACGCCAUGCUGCGCCGAAAUCAUCUUACUGGCCAGGCCAAGACUCCAGCUGACAUUCUCAGGCUCGUUGGGCGGCUUUGCU